UUUGGGGCCGACUAGUUCCGGACGGAAUACUUUCAUUAGCUCAGUGCCUGAGCUUUAUUUUGUAGAGAUUUGGGUUUAGUGUGCAGAAGCAGAUUGUGAGGGUGAUGUGUGGAUAGUGUUGUCUGCCCUCUGUACAUAUGUGUAGGGCAGGCUCAGUGACUGGGGAAAUGUGUAUAGAACAUAACGGGAAGUAGUAAUAAAGUCCCCAGACACAGGCUCCUUAUUGUGAGGUGACUAAGCCAGGGGGUGAUGGCAGAGAAGAAUGGAAGAAAAGUAGAAGUGACAUUUGCGGAAUAGGCCCCACCUAUGUAAAAUAAAGAAUAGAAGCUCUUCAGUUGUUGCAAUAAAAAGUAACAGAAAUGGAGCCACCAUGUGGAAGGAGUUUUAUGCAGGUGCUGUGUGAGAAAUACAGCCCAGAAAACUUUCCAUACAGGAGGGGUCCAGGAGCUGGUGUGCAUGUACCUGCUGGACCUCAAGUGUCACCUAUGAAAGAUCGCUUGAACCUCCCCAGUAUCUUGGUAUUGAACAGUUGUGGCAUUAGCCAUGCUGGAGAAGAGAAUGAGAUUGCUGCCUUUUGUUCACAUGUGUCAGAAUUGGACCUAUCUGGUAAUCAUCUUGACAGCUGGCAAGAGAUCAGCAAGAUUGUAUCUAAUGUGCCUCAACUGCAGUUCUUGAAUUUGAGUUCUAACCCAUUGUACAUGUCUGUGUUGGAACGUAAGUGUGCUGGAUCAUUUUCUGGCAUUCGGAAACUGGUUCUCAAUAACUGCAAAGUUUCCUGGGAAACCGUCCAUACAUUGCUGAUGGAGCUACCAAACCUAGAGGAACUGUUUUUGUGCCUUAAUGACUAUGACACCAUAGUGUGUUCACCGGUUUGUUUUCGUUCAUUGAGGCUUCUUCAUAUAACAGACAACAAUCUCCAGGACUGGUCUGACAUUUGUAAAUUAGGCAUGAUGUUUCCUUGUCUUCAUACACUUAUCCUUGCGAAUAACAAUAUAUUGACGAUUGGGGACUCUGGGGAAUCCUUGUCACGGUUAUUUCCAAACCUUCGGUCAAUAAGCCUUCACAAGUCAGGUCUAAGUUCCUGGAAGGACAUUGAAAAACUAAACACUUUACCGAAGAUAGAAGAAGUCAGGUUAUUAGGUAUUCCUCUAGUGGAGCCUUAUACCACAGAAGAACGCAGGAAAUUAGUUGUUGCCAGAUUACCAUCUGUUUCCAAACUGAAUGGCAGCGUUGUCACAGAAGGUGAAAGAGAAGACUCAGAGAGAUUCUUCCUCCGUUACUAUAUGAAUUUCCCAAAGGAAGAUGUCCCAUUAAGGUAUCAAGAAUUGGUAACAAAGUAUGGUAAGUUGGAGCCACUUGCAGAGGUAGAUCUCCGACCACAAAACCAAGCCAGUGUUGAUAUUCACUAUGAAGAGAAAGUUCAAACGAUAAGUGUUCGUCUUGAUCAAACCGUUGCUGAAUUUAAAAAGCAACUUAAAACUUUAGUACAGUUGUCCACAAACAAUAUGCGAGUCUAUUACCUGGACCACGAAGCUCCAUUUGGACCUGAAGAGCUGAAAUUCAGCACGCGAGCUUUACAUUCAUAUAGUGUUCGAGAUGGAUGCCAAUUUUAUGUAGAGCCUAAAAUCAAAUGACCUUUAGCAACAUGUAAAUGUGUAUAUUUAUAUCUAUCUACAAAUUUUUGUAUUUUAAGUGUCUUUAUGUUAUUUAAUUUCCUAAAUUCUACAUAUGUAUAAACUGCUAUGCACUAGGGCCUCCUCUGGUAACAAAGGCUGAUGGAGGCACUCCUAGAGCACUUUGAGUUUGUGAAAGCAUAAUCCAUACAAUGUAUCUUUAUUCCACAUUUUAUGAAGGAUUAAAAUUAUAUCAGAAUACCACUCAAA